AUGUUCAUAUAUUAUUUAUAUAAGGUGGUGUUGCGAUAUAAAUGGUCAGUGCUUAGAAGUGUUUAUAAAGUGCGCAGAAAAGAAGAAAAACCCAAAAUCGAAAUAGUUUUCAAUUUAUUAUGGUUCGUCUCGUAGCCUUAUUUUUAAUAUUUGUACAUGCUACCAACUGCUACAGACUUCCAAAGGAUGUUAUACCCGAGAACUAUAAAUUAGAAAUUAUUUCCUACUUAGGAGCACCAAAAAAUAGUUUUAAUUUUGAUGGAAAAGUAUGGAUAACUGUAGCAUGCAAGCAUCCCACGCAGAAUAUAACUCUGCAUUCCAAACACUUGGACAUCAAAGAUGAAGACGUUAUCUUGAAAGACAUAACAAGUAAUGACUCUAAGACAGUUAAAAUAUCAAACGUUGAAUUUAAAGAAGAGUUCGAGUUUUUAAUUUUAAGUUUAGAAGAAAAUUUGAAAACCGAUCACAAAUAUGAAAUUUAUAUUGGGUUUUGCUGGUAAAAUGGACGACGGACUUGCAGGAUUUUAUAGAAGCAGUUACUACGACAAGAAAGACCGGGAAAAGAAAUGGUUAGGCGUUACACAAUUUGAGCCCAUUUCUGCAAGAAUGGCAUUCCCAUGUUUCGAUGAACCUGAGAUGAAAGCUACCUUUGACAUAAGUAUCGGAAGAAAAGAAGGCUACAAAGCGAUCAGUAAUAUGCCCUGCUCAGGACUGAACCAUUGAAAGAAAAAGACGGCUGGUUUGGGAUCGCUUCGACACCUCAGUACCAAUGUCGACAUAUCUAGUCGCUUGGGUUGUAUCAGACUUUGACUAUAGAACUGGAAAAUUGGUAGAAAACAACAACGUUACCUUCAGGAUCUGGGCUAGAAAGGAUGCCGUAAAUCAAGUAGAUUUUGCUACAGAGGUCGGACCAAAAUGUUUGGAGUACUAUGAGAAAUUCUUCGAUAUUGAAUAUCCUCUACCAAAACAAGACAUGAUUUCUAUCCCUGAUUUUAGUGCUGGCGCUAUGGAAAACUGGGGAUUGAUCACUUACAGGGAGAGCUACUUGCUUUAUGAUCCUAAGGUAUCUUCAAAAACAAGUCAAAAUAGAGUCGCUAGCGUCAUAGCCCACGAAUUGGCCCAUCAAUGGUUCGGAAACUUGGUUACGAUGAAAUGGUGGACAGAUCUGUGGUUAAACGAAGGUUUUGCAACAUACAUGGCCAGCUUGGGCUCUUGAAGAUCUAUUUUCCACAAUGGAAUUCUCUAGAGGAAGAAGAUGCUGAUAAUAUAUUGGACGUUUUCUCUUUUGAUGCACUAAGAACUUCUCAUCCGGUAUCAGUACCAAUCGGAAUCCCAAAGAAAUCGAUGAAAUUUUCGACACAAUUUCCUACAAAAAAGGAUCGUCCCUAAUAAGAAUGAUGACUCUCUUCCUAGGAGAAGAGAUAUUGAGAAAGGGAGGUCCGCAACUACCUCAAAAAACACACAAAAUACGGUAAUGCUGAACAGGAUGACUUAUGGGAGGCUUUAACUAAGGAGGCUCAUAGUCAAGACGUGCUUCCUAAAAAUUUAACCGUUAAACUUAUCAUGGACACGUGGACCGUGCAAACGGGUUAUCCGGUUAUUAAUGUAAUGAGGGAUUAUUCCAAGAAAUCUGCUUCAAUUUCUCAGCAUCGCCAUCUUAGAGAUAUAAUAUACCCAAAAGACGCUUCCAAACCAUGUUGGUGGGUACCUUUAAGUUAUUCAACUAAAUCAAACCCCAAUUUUAAUUCUACAACCCCAAAACAUUGGCUUUCUUGUCCAGAACAUAGUCAAACAAUAGAAGAUUUGGGCGAUGAGAAAAACGAUUGGGUAAUUUUCAACAACAAAAUGGCAGGAAUAUACAAGGUAAAUUACGACGAGAGAAACUGGAACAUGAUCACGAAGUUCUUACAAGGUCCCGAUUUUCAAACAAUUCCAACUUUAAACAGAGUUCAGAUAAUUAGCGAUGCUGCAGACUUAGCUUAUAUUGGAAAUCUCAAAUACGAGAUAUUUUUCGAGUUGUUAAAGUAUCUUAAACAAGAAACUGAGUAUAUGCCUUGGAAAGCUGCUAUAGAUAAGACUGACGUCAUUACCAAACAUUUGAAGAAGUCUGCAUCGUAUGGAAAAUACAAGGAGUACAUGAGACACUUGUUAACACCCAUAUAUGAAAAAUUCGGAGGAUUCGAAGUGACCACUGACCCCGAAAAAUUAGAUUAUAUCAAACUGCAAGCUUUGAUAGUCAGUAGAUCCUGCGCAUUUGAAGUAGCAAAUUGUGUAACACAAGCAAAAACUCUGUUUAAUAAACUUAAAGGAAAACAAUCUGAUAAUGUAAUUCCCAAAGAUCUAAGAAGCGCCGUUUACUGCACCGUUUUAAAACAUGGCGGUGAGGCAGAAUGGGACUUCCUGUGGAACAAAUACCAAAAUUCCAACGUAGCUACAGAGAAAAGUACCAUUUUAACCAAUCUCGGUUGUACCGAAGAAAUAUGGAUGCUUACAAGAUACUUAGAGUGGUCAUUGAACGACACCCAGAUCAGAAGGCAAGACAGUAGUUCAGUAUUCGCCUCUGUUUCGAGAAACAAUGUGGGAUACUUCAUUGCGAAGAAUUUCUUCUAUAAUAAUCUUGAUAAAGUCUAUAAACAUUUACUGACCAACAAAAAGACACUGUCGAGAUAUUUAUCGGCUCUGUCAAACCAAAUUACAGAUGCCAAAGACGAAAAAGAAUUCGACCGUUUCAUCAAAGGCAACAAGAAGACCUUCGUCGAAAUCAAAAAGGGCGUCGACCAAUCCCUAGAAACGGUCAAAAUCAACAUCCAAUGGCAGCACACACACGCCGAGGAAAUAGCUAACAUCUUGAACAAAUAUUCCAAAUAA